CUCUCGUGAUCGCCAUCAUCCCUUCUUUUUCGUAUUCUCUCUCAACCAGGACUGCUCUCUGUUCCAGCAAUCCCCCGACCCGCGUCUCUAGCUCUCCAUUCCGCUGUUCUUCUUCGCCUUCACUCAGCUGGACCUCGGUUUUUCCUUCUGCUGGAAAACCCUAGCCUCCCGAUUUGGGUCGCCAUGCUGAUGUUUUCGACUGCAACGUCCUCCCAGAUUCGCUUCCUCCUCCAGAGCUUGACUGAAUCUAAUGCUGAAUCUGUUCUCAAAGAGCUUUAUGAGUUUAUUGACUGUGGAACUGAAGGGAGCUUCAUACUGCUCAGAACUUGUUUGGAUUAUUUCACUAUCCAUGGGACAGAUUUGGAAAACCCGCUGUUGCGACUAGUUAUUUCUUCGGUUUUCAAGCAUCUCUUGGACAUACCUAAUUUUAGUACAAUAUUUUGUGAGUCCCUUAAAGGUAGAGAUAUCAACCAAGUUAUUCUCGAGAACAUCUCGAAUCUGUUAAACUUGUCAAUGUGUGAAAGAAUUGGAGUUGGUCUCGCUGUUUCAGAUUCUGAAAAUCUUGAUGCAAGAAUGUGUGGGAAGAACUUCUGCAUUAGUCAGAUUGAGGAACUUUGUGCUAAUGCUGUAUCUGUGGAUUCCAUUCAGCAAAUUCAGGAUAUUAUCAUGUUCCUCCAACGGUCUGAAGGGCUCUCAAAGCAUUUAGAUUCCUUCAUGCAAAUGCUAUCUUUGGUGCAGUUGAAGGAUGUUACUGAGUUUGUUUUGUCACCACUGCUUUCGGAUGCAUUGCGAGAGGAGAAAUUUUUAAGGAAUGUAAAUCUGUCACAAGAGUCCCUUGAUAAUGAUUUUGAUUCCAUCUUAGCUGAAAUGGAGAAGGAAAUGAGCAUGGGAGAUAUAAUGAAGGAACUGGGUUAUGGAUGCACAGUCAAUGCAACGCAAUGCAAAGAGAUUUUGUCCCUCUUUUUGCCGCUGACAGAGAUUACUAUCUCUAAGAUACUAGGCAUGAUAGUUCGAAAUCAUACUGGUCUUGAGGACAGUCGAAAUAUAUAUACAACUUUUAGUCUAGCUUUGGGUUGCAGCACUUUAUCUGAUCUGCCAUCCUUGAACUCUUGGGAUGUGGAUGUUCUCAUAGACACAGUGAAGCAACUUGCACCUAGUGUUGACUGGAUAAGAGUAAUGGAAAAUCUGGAUCAUGAGGGUUUUUACAUUCCGAAUGAGGAAGCAUUCUCAUUUUUCAUGUCUGUAUAUAGACGUGCAUGCCAGGAGGCAUUUCCUCUUCAUACAAUUUGUGGGUCCGUUUGGAAGAAUAUGGAGGGUCAGAUAUCUUUCCUUAAACAUGCCGUAUUUGCACCACCUGAAAUAUUUACAUUUGCUCACUCUGGAAGACAGCUGGCUUAUAUUGAUGGAGUGCAUGGCCAUAAGCUUCAACUUGGACAUACAAAUCACACAUGGACGUGCCUUGAUCUUUUGAAUAUUCUGUGUGAACUUGCUGAGAGAGGUCAUGCUAGAUCUGUGCAAUCAAUUCUGGAGUUUCCUCUUAAAAACUGGCCUGAGCUAUUGCUAUUUGGAAUGGCGCAUAUUAAUUUUAUUGACUGUGGAACUGAAGGGAGCUUCAUACUGCUCAGAACUUGUUUGGAUUAUUUCACUAUCCAUGGGACAGAUUUGGAAAACCCGCUGUUGCGACUAGUUAUUUCUUCGGUUUUCAAGCAUCUCUUGGACAUACCUAAUUUUAGUACAAUAUUUUGUGAGUCCCUUAAAGGUAGAGAUAUCAACCAAGUUAUUCUUGAGAACAUCUCGAAUCUGUUAAACUUGUCAAUGUGUGAAAGAAUUGGAGUUGGUCUCGCUGUUUCAGAUUCUGAAAAUCUUGAUGCAAGAAUGUGUGGGAAGAACUUCUGCAUUAGUCAGAUUGAGGAACUUUGUGCUAAUGCUGUAUCUGUGGAUUCCAUUCAGCAAAUUCAGGAUAUUAUCAUGUUCCUCCAACGGUCUGAAGGGCUCUCAAAGCAUUUAGAUUCCUUCAUGCAAAUGCUAUCUUUGGUGCAGUUGAAGGAUGUUACUGAGUUUGUUUUGUCACCACUGCUUUCGGAUGCAUUGCGAGAGGAGAAAUUUUUAAGGAAUGUAAAUCUGUCACAAGAGUCCCUUGAUAAUGAUUUUGAUUCCAUCUUAGCUGAAAUGGAGAAGGAAAUGAGCAUGGGAGAUAUAAUGAAGGAACUGGGUUAUGGAUGCACAGUCAAUGCAACGCAAUGCAAAGAGAUUUUGUCCCUCUUUUUGCCGCUGACAGAGAUUACUAUCUCUAAGAUACUAGGCAUGAUAGUUCGAAAUCAUACUGGUCUUGAGGACAGUCGAAAUAUAUAUACAACUUUUAGUCUAGCUUUGGGUUGCAGCACUUUAUCUGAUCUGCCAUCCUUGAACUCUUGGGAUGUGGAUGUUCUCAUAGACACAGUGAAGCAACUUGCACCUAGUGUUGACUGGAUAAGAGUAAUGGAAAAUCUGGAUCAUGAGGGUUUUUACAUUCCGAAUGAGGAAGCAUUCUCAUUUUUCAUGUCUGUAUAUAGACGUGCAUGCCAGGAGGCAUUUCCUCUUCAUACAAUUUGUGGGUCCGUUUGGAAGAAUAUGGAGGGUCAGAUAUCUUUCCUUAAACAUGCCGUAUUUGCACCACCUGAAAUAUUUACAUUUGCUCACUCUGGAAGACAGCUGGCUUAUAUUGAUGGAGUGCAUGGCCAUAAGCUUCAACUUGGACAUACAAAUCACACAUGGACGUGCCUUGAUCUUUUGAAUAUUCUGUGUGAACUUGCUGAGAGAGGUCAUGCUAGAUCUGUGCAAUCAAUUCUGGAGUUUCCUCUUAAAAACUGGCCUGAGCUAUUGCUAUUUGGAAUGGCGCAUAUUAAUGUACAUUUUUUCUUGUCACCUCUGCAUUGA